UUAUCCGCUAUUUUGAGUUUUGUUUGGGAGCAUCUUGUCAUAAUUUAUAAAUUUUAGGGAUCUUAGUGAAACUUUUGAGAGUUUCGUUUUGUUUAGUGUUAUCAUCACUUCGGCGGUUUGAAUUUUGCCGGAGACAGUCGGAGAGAAUGGAACGGCCACACUCGCCGGGAACGAAGUCGGUGGAUGUCGGAGAAACCUUAGAAUCACUUUUGCGGUUUACUCUGCGCUCUCAUUUGGAUGAAACAGUUCAAAGUCUCGACCUUGAGCUGCCUCGAGAUCUCUGCUUCCAUCUCCUGGAGGAGGAAGAUACAGAUUCAACUGAAGAACCUGCGAGGUACAAGAUUCUAGCAAGGUCUUUGUCUGAAUGUCUUACUUCCGAGGAGCAUAGUUUGUCCAUUGAUAAAGAUUCAAACUUUGAGAAGUAUAGCAAACUGUUUCAUGGUUUGGGACAUGACUUGGUAAAUAUGUUGAAGAAAGUAAACUUUGAGCUCCAUGUCCAGGAGCCUUAUUUCACACAACUGAAAGAUGGUCUGAAAACUACUGAAGGGAGAUGUGCAGUAGGAGACUACAUGAGGAUAAGCUCAGGAGAUUUUAUUUUGUUCAAUAAAUGCUUACUGCUUCAAGUUCAGGACGUUUGCUAUUAUACUUCAUUCUCAGAAAUGCUGAGAGUGGAGAGUCUUGCCAAAGUUCUUCCCGGAGUUGAGACUAUAGAAGAAGGUGUGGGAGUUUACCGAAACUUUUACCCUGAAGAGAAGGAACGAAUGAACGGUGUUGUCGCAAUUCGUGUUGUAAAACCAGUUGAGCAGCCGUAUGCAGCUUUGGCAGGAGCAUUGUCUGAACUCAAGUCCACUGGGAUCAAAGCUUUGUUGGAUGCCUAUACAUCACGAGUUACAUCUGAAGAUCUUUGAGAGCAGAUAAUCUACUAAGUGCCAAGUAAAAUGAGUGUUUCUAAGAUCAAGGUUUUCAAAUCUCUUUUUUUUUUUUAACUCUCAGUGUCAAAAUAAAUUUCGAUGGUAGCUCAAGGCAGAGUACUGAAACUCUUUCAGCAAGUUGUGAUAGUUAGUUUUCAUGACACUGAAUCCAAAGGGAAGGGAACAUACAAAGUGUGUGUUUGUUUUGUUGAAUUGGAUCGAUUCGAUUUGAGUGAGACAAGUUUGUGUGUU